AUGUGCGGCAUCGUCGCCUACCUGGGCCCCAGCACGGCCAAGGACGUGAUGCUCGCCGGGCUGGCCCGGCUCGAGUACCGCGGCUACGACUCUGCCGGCGUCGCCUCGGGCCCGAGCCACACGAUCGGGGUCGUCAAGGCCGCCGGCAAGGUCUCCGUCCUCGCCUCUCGCAGCUCCUCCUCGCUCAACACGGGCACCGUCGGAAUCGCGCACACACGCUGGGCGACGCACGGCGCUCCGACGGACGCAAACGCGCACCCGCACACGUCGUCGGAUGGCGGGCUGGCGAUCGUGCACAACGGGAUCGUCGAGAACUUCGUCGCCCUGCGCGAGGAGCUGCAGCGCAAGGGCUACCGCAUGGCGUCGGAGACGGACACUGAGCUGAUCGCGCACCUGAUCUCCGACGUGAGGAAGCAAAAGUGGAUGCCGCUGGAGGAGGCGGUGAGGCAGGCUCUCUCGCAGGUGCAGGGCGCGUACGGCAUCUGCGUCAUCUCCUCCGAGGAGCCGGACCUCCUCGCUCGGAAGGGCUCGCCGCUGCUGCUUGGCAUCGGAGAGGACGAGUACCUGCUCGCCUCGGACGCCUCCGCCGUCAUCGAGCGGACGCGGCGCGCCACGCCACCUCAACGGCGCGGAGAGGGGAGCCGAAAGCAGCCGACAGCGGCCGACAGGAUCACAAUGAUUGAUGACGGAUCACUCUCUCGCCUCCGGCCCGAGGUGCUCCUCUCGGCGAUAUCUCGGCUCAUCUCGGCCGCAUCUCGCCUCCAGGAGAUCUGCGAGCAGCCCGAGGUGCUCGAGAAUGCGAUGCGCGGCCGCGUGACGAACCGUCACUCUGCAGGCUCGAGAGGUUGCCGAGAGAUGGCCGAGAGAUGGCCGAGAGCGCCUCGCAUCAUCGUGGUCGCGUGCGGCACCUCGCACCACGCUGGCCUGAUUGGGGAGUACCUGCUGGAGAAUUUGGCGAGAUGUAGCCGAGAUGUCGAGUACGCCUCGGAGUUCCGCUACCGCAACCCGAUCCUCUGCCGGGAGGACGUGCUCAUCGCAAUCUCGCAAUCGGGGGAGACGGCCGACACGCGCUCGCGGCGCCGCAGGUCUGGCAAGUCAGCACGCCGCCUCUGCCUAGGCAUCUGCAACACCGUCGGCUCGUCGAUCGCGCGCGAGACCGACGGCGGCGUCUACCUGCACGCGGGCCCGGAGAUUGGGGUCGCGUCGACCAAGGCCCUCUCUGCCCCGGCUCUGGUCGCUCUGACUCUGAUUGCGCUCAAGCUCGGAAAGGAGCGCGAGACGCUCUCGCCGGAGGAGCUGUCUGCGAACCUCGGCGCGACAGCCCGCAGGUGUGUGCUGGAGCAGAAGGGGACGGUGUACGAGAUGGCAAAGGUCUUCAAGUACGCGAGCAAUUUCCUCUUCCUCGGGCGCGGGUACCACUACCCGCUCAAGGAGAUCUCGUACAUCCAUGCCGAGGGCUACCCCGCCGCCGAGAUGAAGCACGGCCCGAUCGCGCUCAUCGACCAGUUCAUGCCCGUCGUCAUCAUCGCGCCAACCUCGGACCCGAACUACCGCAAGCUCGUCUCAAACAUCGAGGAGGCGAGCGCGCACGGCGGCGGCGGGGCCGUGCGCGCGCGGGGCGGCUCCGUCAUCGCCAUCACCGAGGAGGACAACCACGAGCUCGACGCGCAGUGCGAGUACGUGAUGCGCGUCCCCUCCACCGCCGACUUCCUGAUGCCGCUCCUCUGCGUCGCGCCGCUGCAGCUGAUGGCCUACUACAUCGCAGACAUGCGCCAGUGCAACGUCGACCAGCCGCGCAACCUCGCGAAGAGCGUCACCGUCGAGUGAGGCGGCGCGGCGCGGUCCGCCGAUGGAGACGAGGCUGCUCGGGCAGGCGACCGAGACGAGAGAGGCGCGGUGCUGGAACGCCUCGUCCGGCAGGUGCGUCAUGCCCUCGGGCAGCACCGCGUGCCCGCCGGUGACGACGACCUGCCAGCCGCCCACGUCCAAAGUCUCGGAGCCGGGUGAUGGGGCUGCUAAGGUAAGGUAAGGUAACGUAAAUUUCUCC